AUGACUCUUCCCCGGCAAGACAAACAGCGGACCACAGCCAGACUCAAGAUCAUCCUGCUCAUCACCAGCCAGCUUAUCGGAGCAGGACUAUUCGCCAGAGGUUUCUUCCCUGCACACAAGCCACCCAGCGGCUAUGGAGCGCCACCACACCCGACGGGAAAGGCACCGUUCGACAGACUGGUCUUUGUUCUGAUCGAUGCUCUGCGAAGCGAUUUUAUGUUUGGUACGGACUCCAGGAUGAAUUUCACUCAAUCGCUCGUUCGGGAUGGAAAGGCACUUCCAUACACUGCUAUCGCUCAAGCGCCUACUGUAACCCUACCACGACUUAAGGCAAUGACCACUGGCAUGAAUCCCCAAUUCCUGGACGCGGUCUUGAACAUCGCUGAUUCAACUGAUCAGGGUGCUCUCCUAGAACACAGUGACUCUUGGCUACGUCAGCUCCUGUUUUCUUCUCAAGUGGCUUCACCAACCAGCCCACUCGUCAUGCAGAGAAAGGCAAUAUUCUAUGGCGAUGAUACCUGGCUGCGUCUCUUCCCCUCUUCCUGGUUUGCGGAGGUGGAUGGCGUCUCAAGUUUUUAUGUCACCGACACUGAGAUUGUCGACUAUAACGUCACCAGACAUCUCGAUCACGCGCUCUCAGAAAAACAGCAACAGGAAUGGGAUAUCGCCAUUCUGCACUAUCUUGGCUUGGACCAUGUUGGACAUUUGGGAGGCUCAAAAUCUAUCUUGAUGGGCCCCAAACAGGAACAAUUAGACCUUGCUAUCUCCCGCAUUUUCGAUGGCAUUUCAAAGCAUGACCUCCGAUCAAAAAAGAAAACACUUCUUCUUGUCGCCGGUGAUCACGGGAUGACUGAUGCUGGUAACCACGGCGGAUCAUCUAAGGAGGAACUGUCUACAGCGCUUUUACUCGCUUCACCUUCCUUCAACCGCGUUGGGUCACUUAGUGCUCAAAAGGACGAGCCCGAGAGAGUACAGCAGGUGGACAUCGUGCCAACCCUUGCCAUGCUUUUCGGUACUGGAAUACCUCCCGCUAGUAUAGGAGUUGCUAUCGAAUCAGCCCUUGAGUUAUCUUUUGGUGAUCAGAAACCCCACAAUGUGCACCUCGAGGCUGCGUUGAGAAAUCAUGCAGUUCAAUUGACCACUUUACUCCAGCAAGUAUUUGGAGGGCUCUCCCCAGUCAAAGCUUUCUUGCAUCUUGACGAUCUUGGAACCGAAAACGAAAACUUGGAAGCUAUCAUCAGCCGGUUGGAUGUUGAUCGAGUCAGAACUAUUCUCCACAGGUCUCAACAGUAUCUUCUGACUCGAUUCUCGGGUUACCAUCUGCCAAGCAUGGUUCUGGGCCUAAUCUUUUUGACGAUUGCGGUCGUUGGCUUCAUAUUUGAAGCCUUCCGGGGGCGUGGAAGGCGCUUGAAUAAUCGGGAGAUCAUGGUCGUCGUUCUAGCAGCUGUCCAACUCGCGAGCUUCGGAUCGACGAGCUUCAUUGAAGAGGAACAUGAAGCCUGGUUCUUCUUAGGCGCCUCCUCACUCUCCAUCCUCGCCUUCUUAGCCCCAACUACUAGGAAGUAUCAUUAUCUCCUUGGAGUCGUCCUCAUUCGAGUCUUGCGGGGCUGGUCUCACAAUGGACAGAAAGCCGGUGUCGACAAUAGCAUUUCCAACUUUGUACAUGGAAAACCAUGGUUAUGUCAUCUGCUAGACCCUCUGGGGGUCUAUUACUUGGUUUCAAGUCAGACCCGAAGUGGCCCAGGUGGUGGUCAUUAUAGUUCGAUGGGAAUGCUACUGAUUAUUGGCGCAGGUGUCUUCAGUCUGACGCCGAUGGAUCGGCCGUUUCUCUAUCUGAGCAGGGACAUUGGAGUGUUACAGGAUAGGGAGACUCGGCCGCGAUUACUGUAUGGCCUGUUGGUCUCUGGCUUAGGCCUCAGUUUCUUUCGGGAUAUGUCUAAACAAUCGUUCCGGGGAGCAUUGCGGAUCGCGAUCCUGGUCCUCUUGCGAUCGCUGACUAAGAUGGAAAACUAUCCGGUCCUCUGGCUUUCCUUUUUCGCUGGUGAUCUGUGCCAUUUUUUGACGAGCAAUAUAAAGAGCAUUGAUAGUCGGGAAGGUGAAGUUGAGCAGGAGGGGCCGAUCCUCUCGACUUGGAUCCAAUUGGUCUUCUUCAAAUCCACAUUCUUUGCCCUGGGAGGCUCGAAUUCGUUGGCAACGGUGGAUCUCUCAAAUGCAUACAAUGGAUUACGAUCCUUCUCAUUACCGAUGGUGACGCUACUGACGUUCCUGUCGAACUUCUCAGGGUCGAUGAUCGUUGGGCUGGGAGGGCUAAUCCAGUCAUCGAUGAGGAGGGAAGAAACAGGAAGGGAAGAGAUUGGAUGUCGACAGGCGACGACGCUCGUCCGCUCGGCCUACUUUAGCCUCCACUUCUUGCUCAUCUCGAUCCUCAGUACUCACUUCUCAGAUCAUCUCUUCGUCUUCUCUGUCUUCUCUCCUGCUGUCCUCUACGCGUUUGUCUGGUUCUUUGGCUUCCAUACUCUUCUAUCUCUCUUGGAGAUCCUCUCUUCCUUUCUCUAA